UCGCUAGUUCGAUCGGUAGCGGGAGCGGAGAGCGGACCCCAGAGAGCCCUGAGCAGCCCCACCGCCGCCGCCGGCCUAGUUACCAUCACACCCCGGGAGGAGCCGCAGCUGCCGCAGCCGGCCCCAGUCACCAUCACCGCAACCAUGAGCAGCGAGGCCGAGACCCAGCAGCCGCCCGCCGCCCCCCCCGCCGCCCCCGCCCUCAGCGCNCCCGCUCCCUUCCGCGUGUACCCUGAGGGCGCGGCGCGCCGCCUACGCAGGCCCGAGUGGGCCGGGCGCUUCCCCUUCCCUCACGUGCUCCCCGCCCCGCAGCCGCGCCCGCCCGCGGGCUCCGCGCCCCGGGCCCACCCACGUGUGCUGGGGAGCCCGCGAGCGGCCUCGGAGGAGAAAGGCUGUCAGGUGGUCGCGGGCCGCCGCGGAGCGCAAAGGACGUCUGGUAAUCGUGGGUUUUUGUGUUUGUGUGUUUUUUUUCCUCCAGCAACGAAGGUUUUGGGAACAGUAAAAUGGUUCAAUGUAAGAAACGGAUAUGGUUUCAUCAACAGGAAUGACACCAAGGAAGAUGUAUUUGUACACCAGACUGCCAUAAAGAAGAAUAACCCCAGGAAGUACCUUCGCAGUGUAGGAGAUGGCGAGACUGUGGAGUUUGAUGUUGUUGAAGGAGAAAAGGGUGCGGAGGCAGCAAAUGUGACAGGCCCUGGUGGAGUUCCAGUGCAAGGCAGUAAAUAUGCAGCAGACCGUAACCAUUAUAGACGCUAUCCACGUCGCAGGGGUCCUCCACGCAAUUACCAGCAGAAUUACCAGAAUAGUGAGAGUGGGGAAAAGAACGAGGGAUCGGAAAGUGCUCCUGAAGGCCAGGCCCAACAGCGCCGGCCCUACCGCCGGCGUCGGUUCCCACCUUACUACAUGCGGAGACCCUAUGGGCGUCGACCACAGUAUUCCAACCCUCCUGUGCAGGGAGAAGUGAUGGAAGGUGCUGACAACCAGGGUGCAGGAGAACAAGGUAGACCAGUGAGACAGAAUAUGUAUCGGGGUUAUAGACCACGAUUCCGCAGGGGUCCUCCUCGCCAAAGACAGCCUAGAGAGGAUGGCAACGAGGAAGAUAAGGAAAAUCAAGGCGAUGAGACCCAAGGUCAGCAGCCACCUCAACGUCGGUACCGCCGUAACUUCAAUUACCGACGCAGACGCCCGGAAAACCCUAAACCACAAGAUGGCAAAGAGACAAAAGCAGCCGAUCCACCAGCUGAGAAUUCGUCCGCUCCCGAGGCUGAGCAGGGCGGGGCUGAGUAAAUGCCGGCUUACCAUCUCUACCAUCAUCCGGUUUAGUCAUCCAACACGAAGAAAUGAAGAUGAAAUUCCAGCAAUAAGAAAUGAACAAAAGAUUGGAGCUGAAGACCUUAAGUGCUUGCUUUUUGCCCCAUUGACCAGAUAAAUAGAACUAUCUGCAUUGUCUAUGCAGCAUGGGGUUUUUAUUAUUUUUACCUAAAGACGUCUCUUUUUGGUAAUGACAAACAUGUUUUUUAAGAAAAAAAAAAAAGCCUGGUUUUUCUCAAUACACCUUUAAAGGUUUUUAAAUUGUUUCAUAUCUGGUCAAGUUGAGAUUUUUAAGAACCUCAUUUUUAAUUUGUAAUAAAAGUUUACAACUUGAUUUUUUCAAAAAAGUCAACAAACGGCAAGCACCCGUUAAUAAAGGUCUUAAAUAAUUGUC